AUGGCCAACUUUAACCCGUUCGCUAGGCGCGAAACCUACAGCCCUGGCUCUCUGAAUACCUAUCGCGUUCUUGCACCUCUCACGUGGGCGCUGGUCCUGGUGGUCGGCAUCUACCACUCCGUCCACUCGCCAGACGAUGUUAAGAAUGGCAAGAAGCUCUGGAGACAAGCUGAUAAGCACAACACUCCAUUCAGCCAGAACACUACCUUGACUGGCGUUUUCUGGAUUCUCCUGCUCCUGUCCCAGCUCAGCUAUGUCUGGCACCUCUUCUCCAAGAAUGAUGCCCUCGUUGCAGCAGCUGCUAGUGUUGCUUCGCACUUCAUUCUGAACAACCUUUUCCUCUUCGCCUGGAUCCUUCUCUGGACCCGCAAUCACUUCUGGGGGGCAGAGAUCAUCCUGAUCGCCCACCUUAUCAAUCAAUCAGUUACAUACUGGCGCCACCGCGGUCUUCCGGCUUUCGUACAUCUGCCCGCUGUCGCUGGCCCGUAUGCCUGGACCCUGAUGGCGCUGUUCUGGAAUGGCGCUGUCGCCGUCCACAGCCACAAUCUGCCUGGUCGUAUUGUCGCUAAUAUCUUCAUCUGGGUCAUCCUUGUGGUUGGACUGUUUGAUAUUGUCCUCUGGGAGGAUUAUAUUCUUGGAUAUUGUUUGAGUUGGUUGACGUUGUCACUUGCCCUGCGACAAAUCGCCAUCAAGAUCAUUGCUUUGCAGUGGAUCUUUGCCUUUGUUGUCUUUGGCGUCUUUUUGGUCGUGUCUCUCUACAUCUCCUCGGUGAAGUAUACUGGCCGUGAUAGCCUCUUCCGUCGCGUGGCGCAUCCCGAAUCGACAGAACGCGAACGUGAGCCGUUGCUCAACGAGGGGGUGUGA